AUGGCCGAGCUGGCCGGCCGGCUGCCGGACGCCGAGCGCGAGGAGCGACUCUCGGUGGCCUCGGACGGCUCGGCGCGCCGCGUCUCCGAGGGCGGCGAGUCGGGGCGCGCGCGCUGGCUGACCUCCAGCGGCCGGCUGUACCGCUCGCCGCGGCCCGUGCGCCGCGGCGGCUCGGCCGAGGACGUAGCCGCCCACCAGAGCCGCAAGGUGGAGCUCAAGCGCUCUGAGAUGGCGCUCAAGGCGCGCUCCUUCGACCCGCUCAAGGUGGCGCUCAAGGGCACGCUACGUCGCCGCGGCUCCAGCAAGGAGGAGGACUCGUCGCCGGACACGCCGGCAGCCGAGAUGGACGCGCCCGAGCUGUCGGCCGAGGGCUGUGACUUGGUGGCGUCGCUGGUGCAGACGCUAGACCAGAAGCUGCUGGAGCUGGCCGGCCGGCCGGACGCGACCGAGAAGCGUAGCUCGUGGAGCAGCGCUGGCAUGUACCGCGACCCGAGCCUGCACCGCAGCUUCAGCGCCAGCAGUCAGCUGCAGAUGAUGAACGGUUGCGCGGGCGGCGAGCGGCCGGUCGGCGCGCCGGCGCGCCCCCCGCCGCGCCGCCCGCCCACGGCUGACGCCAAGAAGGGCAUGAAGCGCAGCAUCCGCGAGCGGUUUGAGCAGCGCGCCGCCGAGCCGACGCGUGCGCGCGCCGCGCACGGCUCGCCGCGCGCGCUCAAGCGUCGCCACACGGUCGGCGGCUCCAAGGACAUCGACCGGUUCGUGCGGCUGUUUCUGGCGGCGAGCCGGACGGAGGCGAGCGGCGACGGCGACGGCGCGGCCGUGCGGCCCACCUCCUGCCUGGCGGGCCUGGAGCUGCUGCCGCUGCAGCCGCUGCCGCUGGAGUCGCGCGUCUGACGGCGCCGGCCGAGCGCCGGCCGCCGCACGUGAUAGGGCCGCGGCGCCCCGGUCAGGAUGCGGCGCGCUGACACCGCUCCGGCCGAGACCACCGCGUCAGUCUUUCGUUACGUAUAUGGGGUACAUCUGUUACUAGUGGAGGCGCGUGCGCGCGCACGGAUGGCCGCCGUACAAGCUGGCCGACGGCCAACAUGGUGGCCUCCUCAUCAUCUCAUCAUACCUAGGUUUUGUACAUUGUUAGUGUUAAUCGCCAAAUAAAAGAAUUUUAUACCAA